AUGGCUGUAUUAAAGAGCCACCGUAGACAGCUACGCGUGGCCUUGGUGACAGUGUCUCUGGUCAUCGCAUUCCUCUUCACUUUCUCUCCAUAUCACCUCGAGCAUAGCCUGCACAGGAUUCGGCCCUCCUAUGUACCCAGCAGCUACGACUGGUCGCGGAGGAAACAAGCACACCCGGUAGAGAAAUACGAGACCCUUCCCAAGGGACAUCCCAAACCCCUCCACCGGAUCCAACACACCUUCGCCCCAGGUACAGGACGCGCACAAGAGUCACGACGGAGCGAGGUCAAAAAGACAUUCAGGAAGUGCUGGGCCUCGUACCAAAAAUACGCCUGGGGCCGCGAUGAGCUGCAGCCGCUGGCCUUGUCCGGCUCCGAUACCUUCUCGGGCUGGGGCGCCACCCUCGUCGACGCCCUCGACACCCUCAUUCUCAUGGAUCUGAAGCCCGAGCUCGCCCACGCCCUCACCCACGUCGCGGCCAUCGACUGGGACAGCACGGGCCCGGGACAGGAGACAUGUUCACUGUUCGAGACCACCAUCCGUUAUCUGGGCGGCCUCCUCGGCGCCUAUGACCUCUCCAACGAGACCGUUCUGCUGCGCAAGGCCGUCGAGCUGGGCGAUAUGCUGUACAGCGGGUUCGAUACCCCAAACCGGCUACCCGCCAACCUCUUUCACUUCCAGAAGGCCAAGGACGGCGAGCUGAUCCCCAGCGCGAGGGAGAUCUCGGCCAACGUCGGCAGCCUGAGCCUCGAGUUCACCAGGCUGACCCAGCUGACGGGCGAUCCCAAGUACUUUGACGCCAUCGACCGCGUCAAGAAGAGGCUCUAUGCGACGCAAGACCAGACGAAACUGCCGGGUCUGUGGCCGCAGUACAUGGACGUCGUAAGCGGCCUGCUCAUGGGUGACGGUACGUUUACGCUUGGCUCUAUGGAGGACUCCCUCUAUGAGUACCUGCCCAAGAUGUACAUGUUGCUGGGCGGGCUGGAUCAGACCUACAGAGACAUGUACGAAAGGGCGAUGACGACUGCUAAGAAAUACCUGCUCUACCGGCCCAUGCUCCCAGAUGAGGACGUCGACAUUUUGUUCGCCGGCAGCGCCAUGUCAAAUGGCCAAGGGACCGUCGACCUGAUGGCGCAGACCCAGCACCUUGCGUGCUUUGUGGGUGGCAUGUUCGCCCUGGGCGGGAGGUUAUUCAAUCUUCCCGGGGACAUCGAAACCAGCAGAAAGCUCACAAGAGGCUGUGCCUGGGCGUACAGGGUGAUGCCGACAAACGUGAUGCCCGAGGAGCUCAGGUUCAUGCCCUGCCGGACUACCAAUCUGGAGAAGUGCGCCUGGGAUGAGGAGCGGUGGAAGAAAGAAGGCAGCGCGAGGUAUCCCAAGGGGGUCGCAGCGGUGUACAUCAAGAAUUAUUUACUGCGGCCCGAGGCUGUCGAGAGCUUGUUCUACCUGUGGCGCAUCACCGGUGAGGAGGUCUGGAGGGACACGGCGUGGGAGAUGUUCCUGGCCAUCCAAAAAGUGACGAGUACGGAGCACGCGAACAGUGCUAUACGGGAUGCCACACAGAGCGGCGGUGGCGGAAUGCUGGAUAAGAUGGAGAGCUUCUGGAUGGCUGAGACACUGAAAUAUUUCUACCUCAUCUUUUCUGAGACGGACUUGGUGUCUCUAGAUGAUUACGUCUUCAACACCGAAGCACAUCCUUUCAUUCUUCCCAAACCCUGA